GUCUUGUUGUUAAGUGCUCGGGGCAGCGGAGGCCUAAGCGGUGAGGCCGCGCAGCUCCUGCACGAGGAGCCCGAGCGCGACGUAGCGGACGACGGCGAAGGGCGCGUAGGGCGGCGGAUCCAUGCCGCCCUCGUGGUAGUGGCCGACGAAGGCGCGCAGCCAGAAGUAGAUGACCUGGCCGCCGACGGCGAGCGUCGAGGCCAGCGGCGCGGCGACGCCCUCCGAAUUGAGGUAGAGCAGCACCGCCGUCAGGAGCGGCGCGUACUCGGCCUCGUUGAGCUGGGCACUCCACACGCGCUGGUAGAACUGGGACUUGAGAAUUUUGGUACACUCCGCCUUGGGCGCGGACUUCAUCGUCAGCUUGAGGCGGAACAUGGCCGUCAUCAUCAACUGUGUGGAAAUCGACGCGAGUCGUCCCCGUAACUGCAUCUGCUCGAUGGCGUGGAGAUCUACGCCAUCGACGCGACGUCGUCCCCGUAGCUGCGGCAGCUCGAUGGCGACGUCUCGGCAAUAAUUCUCAGAAUAAUCACUGGUUGGUUUCCACACAGAUCAUCACCUUGGUGAGCAGCGCGUGGCCGACGAUGAUCGUCGCCGCCGUGCCGGACGGCACGAUGGAGAGAGCAUUCUUCAGCGCGUCCAUGGCUGCCCCGGUGGUGCCUUUUGUGCAGCGUCAGCUCGCAAAACAGAAGAAACAG